AUAUUAUAAUAAUUUAGAAAUGUGAGAAGAAGUUCAUUUCCAUGGCGAAAAUGCUCUGUUUUUGGCCAUCUGCAUCUGCAUCUGCAUCUGCCUUUUCUUUGAUUGAAUAAAGUCAGCUUCCAUGUCGCCCGGCCAACGCCUCUGCCUUCAUCUUCCAUUUUCGUGGUCCUAAAGUUGAACAACAUCUUCUCUCUCUCUUUUUCUUUCAAAAGAGAAAAGAUUUCAGAAACGGAAAGAAAAAGAUAAACAAAAGCAACCAACAAGGGAGGGAAUUCCAAUUCAAAAUCUCUUCCUCUCUUCUCUUCUCUUCUCUUCUCUACUCUUCUCUUCUUCAAAUUUCAAACCCUCCCCUUUUUUUCUUUUCAUUUAAAUCCUCUCAUCUCUCCCGUUAAUUUUACACCUCCACAAAAUGGACAAAUUUUCCAUCUCUGAUGAAAAUUUCCAUCUGGGUUUCCGUCCUUCUUCCUCUUCCAUGGAUCUAAAUGAUCAUUCCACCAUUUCUGACACUUCCGGUCAGUCUCCCGCCAGUGGCUACUCUUUCUCUUACUGCAGAACUAGCUCCGACGCUUCUGCUUUCUCUGACCCCACUACCGACGACGGUAGUUUCUGCACUGAGCCAUCUCCGGCGAUUCUGGGAAGACAGUGUACCAGAAAAUAUAAACACGCCGUCGGAGACAAGGCUGACGAUCAAGACGCCAUGGAUUCCGAAAUGGAGAUGAUGAAGGAGAGGUUUGCAAAGCUUUUGCUAGGAGAAGACAUGUCAGGAAGUGGGAAAGGCGUCUGUACUGCUGUUACAAUUUCAAACGCCAUUACUAAUCUUUACGCGACGGUGUUUGGACAGAAUCUGAAACUAGAGCCAUUGCCACCGGAGAAGAAAGCUAUGUGGAAGAGAGAGAUGAGUUGUUUGUUAUCUGUUUGUGAUUACAUUGUUGAGUUCUUCACUUUAUCUCAAACUUUGGAGGAUGGAACAUCACUGGAGGUGUUGAACAGCAGGCAAAGGUCAGAUAUAUGUCUAAACCUUCCAGCAUUGCAAAAGCUUGACAUGAUGCUCUUGGACAUUUUAGACAGCUUUCAGGACACUGAGUUCUGGUAUGCCGAAAAAGGAAGUAUGUCGUCGAACUCGAAUCGAUCGAGAUCUGGUUCAUUUCGUCGACUCUCGUUGCAAAAAGAGGAGAAAUGGUGGCUACCAGUUCCCUGCAUUCCUUCGUGUGGUUUAUCGGAGAAUGCACGAAAACAUCUCCGAAAUAAACGUGAAUGUGCAAAUCAAAUCCACAAAGCUGCUAUGGCAAUCAAUAGUACCAUACUUGCUGAAAUGGACAUUCCAGAGUCAUUCAUAGAUACUCUUCCAAAGAGUGGGAAGGCAAGUAUAGGCGAUACGAUAUACCGCUACAUGUACAGUGCAGACAAAUUCUCACCCGAACAUCUGCUCGAUUGCUUGAACAUAGGAUCCGAACACGAUGCGCUCGAACUUGCCGAUCGGAUCGAGGCUUCGAUGUAUACAUGGAGAAGGAAAGCAUGUCUAAGCCACUCAAAAUCCUCAUGGGAAUUGGUAAAGGAUCUAAUGGCUGAAACGGAAAAGAGUGACAAAAACACUAUUUUGGCAGAAAGAGCCGAGACCUUACUUUUGUCCUUGAAACAAAGGUUCCCAGAACUAUCUCAAACGACGUUAGACACUAGCAAGAUUCAAUACAACAGGGAUGUUGGACAGGCAGUGUUGGAGAGCUACUCAAGAGUGUUGGAAGGAUUGGCAUUCAACAUUGUUGCUUGGAUUGAAGAUGUUCUUUUCUCUGAUAGGUCCAUAAGAAACCAAGAUUAGCUAAAGACAUAUAUAUAUAUAGACAAUUUAGAAUUGGCAUUUUCAUUGCUGUUUCAACUUUUAGAGUUAUAGAAGAUGAAAGUGAAUAAGAUCUUUCUUCUAAUGUGUUAGUAAUUGGUUAGGUGUUUUUCCCCUUUUAGAGUUGUUUUAAUUUGUUUAUAUAUAUAUAUGGUUACAAUUUGUAUAAAAGCUAUUAUAUUGUUGGUUCGGACAAAUGAUACUCUUUUCCUAUUUGUAUACAAUAUCGAUAUUACGUUCAA